AUGUCUGGUCGAGGCAAGGGAGGAAAAGGCUUAGGGAAAGGCGGUGCCAAGCGCCACCGGAAAGUGCUGCGAGACAACAUCCAGGGCAUCACCAAGCCGGCCAUCCGGCGCCUGGCUCGGCGGGGCGGCGUGAAGCGCAUCUCGGGCUUGAUCUACGAGGAGACGCGGGGAGUGCUGAAGGUGUUCCUGGAGAAUGUGAUCCGCGACGCGGUCACGUACACAGAGCAUGCCAAGAGGAAGACCGUGACGGCCAUGGAUGUGGUGUACGCGCUGAAACGCCAAGGCCGGACCCUCUAUGGUUUUGGAGGUUAA